AUUCUACAUCACUGCAACAUCCCAGCGUCGUACAUUGAUAUCUACUCGAAUCUUUCUAACUGUGGCUUUUCAACUGCUGUUUCCUUCUGCCAAUGUCAUUCUUCGGGCCCUCUUUACGAAUCUCCACAUGCCAGAUGUGGGGUUGUCAAAAAAGACCUUGUUCUGGAAGUAACCUAUGCAACACUCACCGAUGUACAGGAGAUUCCGGACAUUGUGAUAAUGUAGUGGUUGCUGGCACUAAGUUUUGCGAUAUGCAUAUUUGUUGCAACAGAACUUGUUACUCUGAGAGAGAGUACGGAAGUUACUGCCGAGAGCAUGUUUGCAUGGAGGAAUACUGCAAUAUAAGACGAUGCGAUAACGAACGCUACUGCUCGGAGCAUCUAUAGUGGGACAAGGGAAGAAGCUAGCUCGUCAAGCACUUUCGUCGCAUAGAUCGAGCAUGUUUGUCAAUGUGUUGUGCAGGCAUUGCUCUCUUGCCUGAUGUAGUUUAGCUUGUGCCCUAUGUAGUGUAGCUAGUCUCGCUUAGUCAGCAACAGCUCCACCUCAUCUCUUCGCCAGCAACUUAACUCAACUCAAC